AACCUGGAGAUGACGGGAGUUUUCGACAACCUCGGCACUGAUAUGCACUCCAACCAGAUGAGCUCCAGCAACUACCACAGUUUGCACAAGUCGCAGGAGUCGCCCACCUUGCCAGUGUCCACGGCCACGGACAGCAGCUACUACAGCAGCCCGCAGCACGCGCAUUCGUGCGCCGGCUCGCCCUUUGGACCGCUCGGUUCCUAUCAGUACCACGGCAGCGGGCCCGGCGCUGUGGCGUACAACCCAAAAUCUUUCGACAUGGCUGGCUUCAACUCGUCUUACGGCGCUUACGGCACUUAUGGAGCCAACUCCUCGCCCACUCCUGCAGAGACCGAGAAAGAAGAGAGCGAGCCAGAAAUCCGGAUGGUGAACGGAAAACCAAAGAAGGUCCGGAAACCUCGAACUAUUUAUUCCAGUUUCCAACUGGCGGCGCUCCAGAGGAGAUUUCAAAAAACCCAAUAUCUGGCGCUGCCCGAGCGGGCCGAGCUGGCUGCUUCUCUGGGCCUCACGCAGACACAGGUGAAAAUCUGGUUCCAGAAUCGGCGCUCCAAGUUCAAGAAACUGUGGAAAAACGGCGAAAUCCCCCCAGAGCAACACGUUCCCACCAGCGAGUCACCCCCGUGCGCGUCCCCGCCGAGCGCGUGGGAUUUUGCCGCACAGACUCAAGGCAUGAGCAGCGCCACAUUACCUCCACACUGCAGCAGUCCGCCCAACAGCAACAGCAUCAGCAAUAGCAGCGCGCCUUCCUCCGCCUCCUCGUCGUCGUCUUCAUCGUCCUCUUCAUUUUUGACCAACUACUCGUGGUACUCCAACACGAACUCUGUGAACCACCUGCAGCCCACUCUGCUCCACCACAACUCGGCUAUCACUGCCGGGACGAUAUUCUGA